AUACGACUCCAAACGUUACUUUAUAACACGUAUCGAGCAUCGACAAAAUGCAAGAACGAUUUUUAGUGCGUUAUAUUAAAGUCGAUAACUGUUUCGCCUAUGUCUCGGAUAUUUGGCUACGUAGGCAAGGAACGAAGGCGACUAUAUCAAGUGGCAUAAAUAGAGAGAAUAACGUAAUUGCGCUGUUACACAAAGAUGCGACUUAUUUUUUAUCAUGUAGUCCGAAACAAAUUACCGACGGAUCAUUAUACCUCGCUAGGCCCUUUGCGAAAGCUUUGAAUAUAGAGGACGGUGAUGAGGUAUUUGUACAUUUCGUAAAAUAUGCGCCAUCUUUGACAAGUGUAACGGUCGUUCCUCAAACGAAUGAAGAUCGUGAGAUAUUGGAACUUCAAGUCGAUAGAAUUCAAUCGACUUUGUUAAAUAAAAUUCAAAUAGUAGCGAAAGAUCAGCCUAUAGUAAUUUGGAUCUCGAAAUUUUCAACUAUAGUUCUAACUACAGAAAUGCUCGAACCAAAUUUUCCCUAUGGAAAAUUGGAACAAUUUACGGAACUUCACGUGACCAAUGCGAUUAAAAAUACUGUAAAGGAACAAAUAAAAUCUAAUGAACUCAAUAAUAUCGGUAGAUUCAGUUUUCGUGAUAUGUUAAAAGAAAUACCAACUUUUUCGAAAAUUUGCAAUAAUAAUGGAGUCGAUAAAAAUUAUAGAUCGCUUCAAAAUUAUCGACAACGACGUAAUCAAUCUGUCAUCUAUCGAGUUCACUUCCUUCCGAAAUUUGGCUCGUUUGAUGGGUCCAAUCCAUUCGACGUUAUUUUGAGAUCUCCUUAUCAUGUUUUUGUACCGCGUUGUCACGUACCAAAAGACGUGCGCUACACAAAUGAUGGUAUAAUUUGUAAAAUGAAGAAAGUACCGGAAGAACAAGUAAACGUCAAUACACAAAGUACAAAUUUUUUGAAAAAUAUAAAAUCGCCAAUUUCGAGUUUAUCUUUCGAAUUAACGGUGAAACUUUUCGUAUUGGAGGACAUAUUGGAUCGAUGCUCAAAUAAUAUAGAUAAAAUUCAUUUCAAGCUCGAUUUUGUUCACAGUAAUAUUUAUAUUUCUGAGAGCGUAAAAAUUGGAUUGAGUUUAAGAAUGGGUGGGAAAGUCGUAUUAACAGCGAUCGACGUUGAAAAAAAUUUGAUUCCUUUGACAAUAGAAAUUUUUCCUACGAUUCAAACGACGUCCUUGCAAAGCAUCAAAGAUUUUCUUACGAGUUAUUCUAUUCAUGAGAAAAUUUUAUUAAAUUCAUGCGCUCCCAUCAUCCUCGAUAACGAUAAUAGAUGUAUCGUUAAAUUCUUACCAGAAAAGUGUACUCAUUCUUUUCUCGACGCAACAUUAUUAAAAACUAUUACGAUUCAUCUUAAAUCAAAAUCAGAUUUAAAUGAUUUAUUAACGGUGAAACAUGAUGUAGAGGAUACCUUUUACAAGAAAAUUUUUACGAGAUAUUUAGAAAAUAUUCUUUCGGAGUGCCAAAUCACCCUUGAUCUUAGUUUACGAUUAAAUGUACCAAUGAAUCUCGAGUAUGAUAGAGAAAAUAUUUUAAUAUGCGGUGAGAUCGGUUCAGGAAAAUCAACUUUAUGUAAAAUAUUGAUAAAAAGAUUGGAAAAAUCGCCAUAUUUUGUAUAUACUCAUGUGAUUGAUUGCAUAUCGUUGAAAGGAAAAAAAGUAGAAAUGUUACAAAAGAUUGUAUGUGCCGCGAUGUCUCAAUGUAUUUAUCAUCAACCAUCAAUAUUAUUUUUAGAAGAUAUCGAUAGUAUUACUAUGGUAUCAUCAAAUAACGAAGAAAAUACUCCUGACUUCGUUAAUGCAGCUAGGAUUACUGAUAUGAUCAUCAAUACCGUAAUGCAAUGUCAAGAAUCACAUUACGUGUCGAUCGUAGCUACGUGCGUUGACAUGAACAAAAUUGGUAAAAAAAUGAGACCAUCCAGAGGAUUGAACUUUUUCAGAACGGUUCUAUCAAUACCGAACCUUGAAAAGGCGGAUAGAAUCGAUAUUUUGCAAUUAAUGCUUGAGGACAAGUUGUACGUGCCUGGCAACGUGAAUUGGGAUUACUAUGGUAACAAGACGGAGGGAUGGAUGGUACAAGAUCUCGUUGAUGUGGCGGAUAAGGCGACGUUUGCCGCUUGGAAACGUUGUGCAAAAGAAGAUAUCAAACCACCGAUCGUUAUCACAGAGGACGAUAUUUCGACCGUGUUGAAUAAUUAUAAACCGUUGUCUCUGCAAGGUGUUCAAUUAUAUAAAGGAUCUGAUCACACAUGGUCAGACAUCGGCGGAUUAGUUAAAAUUAAAGAAUCCUUGACAGAAAUUUUACAUUGGCCAUUAAAGUAUCCUGAAAUAUUUAAAAAUGCUCCGAUCAAGCUUCAAAGUGGAGUUUUGUUGUAUGGUAUGCCAGGUACAGGGAAGACUUUGUUAGGCAAAGCGAUAGCUAGUGAAUGUGGUGUGAAUUUAAUUAGUGUGAAGGGUCCUGAAUUGUUAUCCAAGUACAUUGGUGUCAGUGAAGAAUCAGUAAGAAACAUUUUUGAAAGGGCUCAUCGUGCAAAACCAUGUGUUCUUUUCUUCGAUGAAUUCGACAGUCUUGCUCCAAGACGUGGACACGAUAGUACAGGUGUAACGGAUAGAGUUGUGAAUCAAUUGUUGACCCAACUCGAUGGUAUAGAAGAUAGAGAAGGGGUUGCUGUAGUAGCUGCAACGUCUAGACCAGAUUUAUUAGAUCCAGCUCUUUUAAGACCUGGUCGUUUAGAUAAAUCUUUAUAUUGUCCAUUACCAAAUGAGUUGGAGAGAGAAGAGAUACUGCAUAUUCUCUGUAAAUCCCAGAACAUAGAUAUAAUGGAAUUAGAUUUGAAAGAAAUCGCAUGCACUUCUGUUGGAUUAACCGGUGCCGAUUUGAAUGCGAUAAUUACCCAAGCUAAAUUGGCUGCCUUCGAAGAUGCUGUACAAAUCAUACCGGAAGAGGAACUUCAACCUAAGGAUAUCAAAGUAACUCAAACACAUCUCAUCGAGUCUGUACAAUCAAUUCAACCGUCUCUGUCUUCCACGGAAAUGGAGAAUUAUAUAAGGAUUUAUAUGAGAUUCUCAAAAGGUGACACCUUUGUCGAGGAUAUGUUGAAGAAUCAAAAGGCAACGUUUGCGUGAAACAAGGCGACAACAUGGUGGACGAAGAGCGACGGCGACAACGCAAGAUAAUUAAGUCUUCGUUCGUUGCCGAGGAAUAAGAGAAAGGAAAGAAGAAGAAGAAGAAGAAGAAGAAAAAAAAAACAGAAAAAUAAAGAAAACGUCCUCCUCCUUCUUCUCCUUCUCCACCACCGUAACUACCUCCACCUCCACUUCCACCUCCUUGGGUUCGGACGAUGAAGAAGAAGACGAAGUCGAAGAAGACGAAGUCGAAGAAGACGAAGAAGAAAAGGAAAAGGAUGCCAAGAAGGAACGAUGAUAGCAGUCGCCUUGGAAUUCUUCGAACGUGCUCGACGCGCUUCGCCAAUAAUAGCCGCUUGUAUCGCGGCAUAGCGUCGUUCCAGACGCGUCGGCCAUUCAGCCGUUGAAUGCAGAAAUAACUAGCUAUCUGUUUGUCUCCCGUAGCCAGCUGCGGAAAUUCAUACACAGACCACGGUCUCCGGUUUCUGUUUGCGAAGCCACCCUGGGGCCUCUUUGUUACCGCGCGAAUGAAGCGUACCUAUACUCUGCUCCUCCUCAUCCUCGUCCACCUCCUUCUCCUCCACCAUCACUACCACCUCCAACUCAACCUCAACCUCAACCUCCUCCUCCUCGUCCUCGGCCUCCUCCUUCAUCGUUUUCUCUUCCUACUCGUCCUUACUUUCCUAGAUAUCCAUCAGUCUUUUUUCAUCUAUCCGUCAGUCCGUCCGUCUGUCCGUUCGUCUAUCCGUUCAUCUGGCAUUACCAUCGUUACCAAAGCCUAUGCAAAUCUUCGAGAACCUUUCUUUUUUUUUCUCCUUUUUGUUGGUUGGUUUUUUUCUUUUUUGUUGAUGUCGUCUUUUUUCUUCUUUUUUUUUUCCUUCCUUUUUUUUUUGCGUUAAAGACGAUCCAAUGAAAAGUUUCUAUUCAGUAAUAAUCUUCGCGUCGCCUUGGAUUAAACGAGCGAUUCCACGACGUGUAUCUCUCUUUCUCCUCUUGUCCUUUUUUUCUUUCUUUCUUUCUUUCUUUCUUUCUUUCUUUCUUUCCUUCUUUCUUUCUUACCAUCUCCCUCAUCGCCAAUUAGUACCACGACACGAAUUCUCUCCGCUUAUCCUCGGGUACGAUAUAAGACGAAGAAGUCGUUUGUCGUCGUCUCUUUCAUUCCUUAACUCGACAUUUCGUUUAUGUUUCUUUACAUUUAUUAAUGCGAUUAGUAUAAAACGGAUUUGUUGGAAUAACAUUUCUAUGGUCGUAGUUCGUUUUAAAUACAGUGUUGAAUCGAACGAUUUUGUAAGAUAACUUUUUUCCCCUUUUUUUUUCGUUCAACAAUUCGUUUCUCAUUUCGUAAAUAUUAAAUUUUCUUGGCUUCGUUUUUUUUCUUUCUUUUUUCUUUUUUUUUUCUUUUUUGAUAUAGACGUAUCCUACGGUCUUAUUCUCUCUAUGUACUCUUACAAAAUGUUCGACGAUAUCAAAACGAAUCGUUAGUCGUAAAAAUGCUAUCCCAAUAUUUUCCUGCAUGGGAUAGGGGAGAAGAGCUAGUGGGUGGUCUUCUUCUUUUUCGUGGGUAUCGCGAUAAUAGGUGUUUGUGCGAAUGUCGUGCACCCUUACAGAGGGAUCACGACAAAUCGACUUGCCGAUGUCACUCUCGCUGAAUCGCUUCCAUUCACUAAUUGUCCCUACUUUUGUAUCCCGUCGAAGGUCUAAGAAUCGAAAGAUAUCGUUCUUUCGAUUCAGACCUAUUGUCGAAAUACAUCCCUCGCUUUCUAUGUUCUUCUUUUUCUAUUUUUCUUUUUUUUUCUUUUCUUUUUUUCUGUCUUUUUGUUCUCUUUUUCUCGAACGUCAAAACGUAGUUAAAUAUUUAUAAAUACGAUAAGAUCAAUGACCAAUAUUCUUAAGUGUUUCCUAUACGUUCCUACAUCUGCGUUCAAGUAAUAUAUUCAAAUAUUUAAUUUAAUUCCAUCGUAAUCGUGUUUGCAGGGUAUUUUAUUUAAAAGAAAACCAAAGAAAAAAGAAGAAAAAAAAAAAGAAAAGAAAUAAAUCGAAUAUCGCAUCAAUAAAAAUUAAUUAAUU